CAGGAAUUCCCUCUUCUCCAUCUUUUUACAGCCCUUCACUCCUCCUCGUGGUGGAACUUCCACCCACAUUCAGCUAUGCGGAUUCUCCAGCUGCUCUUUGCAGUCAUCAUUCUUCUCCUCCAGGACUUUCCCGCAAGAGGCCUUUCAGACAGCCAGCAGUGCAGAAGCAACCACGGCCACUGCCGGAGGCUUUGCUUCCACAUGGAGCGUUGGGAAGGGAGCUGCAGCAACGGCCGCCUGCGCUGCUGCCGAUGAAAGCGGCCACGCUGGGACGGACCCCGGCACCCCAAGGGGACCAGCCCAGCGACCCUGCAACCGCGGCUGUACGUAGGAUCUGGUCUCGGACACCUCCGCGCCUACACCCGCACCUCGGUUUGUCCAUCACCAAUAAACCUGUUGGUUUUACGUGUC